AUGGACGGAGUCAUACCCCAAAACAGUUUCAAGAAGCGGAAGCAUUAUUGGGAGUACGUGUACAAUGCGGAUUGCUUUAUCACGGAGGAUCCCCCAUCCAUUGCUCAUUUCCUUCGUCACUUUAGGAAACCGGGAUUUAAUCUCCCUACCAUCGACCACCUUGCUGAAGACGAUCGCGAUAACUACCUUCGCUUCGCCGGUGCGUUUGCACAGUUAGCCUCUGAAUUUAAUCGUAUGGUAGAGACCUUCCAUACGAAGCUACAGGUCGGAGAGGCCGGAGCUCAGUCUGCUGACUUGAAGAAAGCUCAGGAUUCAAUUGCGGCUAUGGAAUCUGAACUCCAAAGCUUGCGCCUCGAGAAAGAAGAGAGUGCUGGAGCUGUUAAGUUAGCCAAAGAACUCUCAGCAAGGAACAGGGUCCUUGAGGACACUCUCACUCAGGCUGGAAUUUCUCGGGAUGACUACAAAGUGAAGCUCGAAGGUGCGACAACAACUUUGUGCGAAUUACACAACUCUCAUGACGCAACCAAGUCACAGCUUACUGAGCUCGAUGCUAAGUACAAAGCUUACAUCGGACAUCGCGAGUUAGAAGUGAAGAUUGCCGUCAGUUCAGGGCGCAAGGAUCUUGCUGAUAAGUUUAAGGCAGCUCUCGAACAAGUCAAGUCUCAUCUCGUUGGUCGUGACGCCGUUCAUGAACAUUUGGUUAAAGCUUCCGAGACUAAGGCUAAUUUCGAGCUCCUUGAGGAGAUUAUCAAGGGUGAGAUCACCGAUUUUCCAGCGGAGCUCUCGGUAGUAUCCCUCGACAAGGACAAUGCUCUGAAGAAGCUUAAGGAGGCUGAAGCGAGGAUCCCUGAACUCGAGUUGUUCCAGCUUGAACUCUUGCUUCCCGACAGUUUCACUCUCGAUGAAUUCGGAACCAACACGAGUGUCAAUACGAGUGCUCAGGAAGACGACGUUCAGGAGAUUAGCGAUGGCCCUUGA